GCACAUUAAUCUACCAAUAUAUGUACAUAAUGUGAAAUGGUAUGGAAUCCUUAUCACAAAAGUUGUACAACUAGACUAGCUACAGACAAACACAUCUGUACUCCAUUAAUUUAAUGUAAUCAUUUAAACCCUUUUCUCUGUGUAUCAUUAUUCAUUACUCAAUUGUGGAUUCUUGAAUUGUUUCAUUCCACAACUCUCUCCAAGCAGUUUAAAAAAAGCGCUCACUCUUUUGUGAGCUGAAAAGAUUGUUGGCAUUUUGAGUUUUUAGCUUUGAUUUUAUGAUGAGGAGUUUCUUGUUUCAUGGUUUGCUUUUGUUUAUUUUAGUUCCAUUUUCAUCAGCUCAGUUAGUUCCUGUAGAAAAUAGAAUCCUUUUCCAAAUCCAACAGUUUCUUGAAUAUCCACCAGUUCUUCAAGGUUGGAAUAAUUGGACAAAUUUUUGUUACCUUCCACAAACCCCAUCUCUUGUUAUAACUUGUUCUGGUAAUCACAUAACAGAAUUAGCAAUUGUUGGCAACAAAAAAUCAGCUUCAGAUUCUUUAAAAUCCUCUACUCCACAAGCUCUAUCUGGGAAAUUUUCCAUUGAUUCAUUUUUCACUGUUCUGACUAAACUUUCAAGCUUGAAAAAAUUGUCAUUGGUUUCUCUUGGAUUAUGGGGUCCAUUACCUGCCAAGAUUAGUAGACUUCACUCACUUGAGGUACUAAACAUUAGUUCAAAUUUCAUUGUUGGUGAAAUUCCAUCAUCAAUAGUCAAUUUCAAGAAUCUGAAAUCUCUUGUUUUGGCUAGAAAUUUGUUUAAUGGAAGUGUACCAGAUCUUAAAGUGUUAAAAACACUUGAAGAGUUAGAUUUGAGUGACAAUCAUUUAGGACCUAAGUUUCCAUCUAUAGGAAACAACAACAACCUUGUUAUCCUCAAUUUGAGCAACAAUUUACUUAGAUCAGAAAUUCCUGAUGGACUCAAAAAGUAUACUCAUUUGCAAAUUCUGGAUUUCUCUUCAAACAAACUUGUUGGUCCAAUGCCUUCUUUUCUGUUUUCUUUACCAGCAAUUCAGUCCAUUAGUAUUGCUAAAAAUCAGCUAAGUGGAGCCCUUCCAUCAAGUGUAUCAUGCAGUAACAAGCUCAAAUUUGUCGAUGUUUCGAGUAAUUUUUUGGUAGGAAAAUUGCCAGCUUGUCUUGGAUCAAGUUCAAGAGACAGGACAGUGAUUAAUAUUUGGAAUUGUUUGUCAAGUACAAGUACAAAGUAUCAACAUCCACAUACGUUUUGUGAAAAACAAGCAAUUGCUGUUAAGCCACCUUCAAGAACUCAUGAUGAUGAGAAGAAACAAUCCACAGUUAAACUUGGUGUUGUCCUGGGACUUAUUGCUGGAAUUGUGAUUGUUAUAGGUGCAAUUGGUUUGUUGAUAUUUUUCGUUGUCAAGAAAGUUACAAGAAAUAGAGUUCAAGGAUAUAAAAAUGACAGCUUUGCUUUUGAGAAGAAUUCAACACUUUCCAAAGCUGCUGAUGGAGGAAAUGCAAGGAGGACAAUGAGGAUGGUAUCAUUAGGACUGCCACCAUAUCAUGUUUUCACUCUAGAGGAAAUGGAAGAGGCAACAAAUAAUUUUGAUCCAACUAAUCUGGUUGGAGAAGGUUCCCAGGGUCAGCUAUAUAGAGGCUGGCUUAGAGAUGGAUCAGUGGUCCUAGUGAAAUGUCUGAAAUUGAAGCAGAAGCAUUCACCUCAAAUUCUACAACAGCACAUGGAGAUGAUAUCAAAGUUAAGGCAUAGGCAUUUGGUCAGUGUACUUGGACACUGUGUUGUCACUUACCAAGAUCACCCAAAUACAGCUAGCACUGUAUUUGUUGUGCUCGAAAAUGUUGUCAAUGGAUCGCUAAAAGAUCAUCUCAGCGAUUGGAGAAAAAGGGAUGUAUUGAAGUGGCCACAAAGAAUGGGAAUAACAAUGGGCAUUGCAAAAGGAAUUCAGUAUUUGCACACUGGAGGAGUCACUGGAAAUGAUAUAAAGCUUGAGAAUGUUUUGUUGGAUGAGACUCUUACUGCUAGAAUAAGCAGCUAUAAUAUAUCUUUGCCACCUAAGGUUGGUUCUGAAAGUCCUCUUGCUGGACCAGAUCAUUUUACCAGCGCGAAAGAAGCAGAAAAGGAAGACAUGUAUCAGUUGGGAGUUAUUCUACUAGAGGCUAUUAUUGGUAGACCAAUCAAUUCUCAAAGCGAAACAGAAGACCUUAAGCUUCAGGUGGAGACUGCCUUAGCGGAAUCACCAUCAAAGCUACGAGAUUUAACAGAUCCUUGUAUUCGGGGUACAUUUGCAUAUGACUCGUUAAAAACAACUGUCCAGAUAGCAAUAAACUGCCUUGAAAAAGAACCAAGCAGGCGGCCAUCAGUAGAAGAUGUUCUAUGGCAUAUGCAAUACUCAAUUCAGGUUCAAGAAGGAGCAACUAACAGUGGAAACCUGAGUGGGAACCUAAGUGGGAAACUCAGUGGGAAAAUAAGUGGAAAUCUUAAUAAUAAAUUUUACUGAUCAAAGAGAGCUGUCAAUGAUUUUGUUUAAUCUUGUUGUUUAGUUAUUUGCAUGCAUCCUGUAUAGCACAGUUCAGUAGCUUACUGAAUAAAUGUUUUGCUUUCUACAUCACAAA